UCAGGAAGAUUUGAUGAAACAAGCACAACACAUAUGGAGCAUGCUGGAUGAGUUAUCAGAUAGUGAUCCUGAAGCUUACAAGAAAUUCCUUGAUAAAACCUUACAGGAAGGCAUAGAAAAUAUGGCGCCCCCAAAGGCAUAUAUGUGCAUACAUACCGAUAUGUUUACUCCUCGGAAAGAAAAACUGUACGUGAAUAUUGUAAGCUGGGAUAAAAUUCCUGAACCAAAAACGAAUUUCGAUCCAAUUCCUGUCACUGCCACUGAUAUAACACAGAUAACAGAAGACAAUGAUACAUUUUCAACUAUUAUAUGUGCUUUCAAUCCAAGUACACUCGAUCAGUGUUGUAAAAAUAGUAAAGAUCAACAUCUCUUGAUUAACCUGGCGCUUGACUUGGUACGAGACAAGAAUAAAGUAAAAAUAUCAAGAAAGUACGAACUCUGCUUUGAUUUCAACUUCAAAGGUGACCAGCGUUUAUUGAAAAACACCUUUAGCAAAAGUGAACCACAAGAGCAAGAAGGCAAAGAUGUUGCAAGUUAUAUGGAUAACCCAGAGUCUAUGCUUCAGCAUUUAGGACUAUCCAAGUCAGAAGCAGGCAUGUGCAAAGUGAACUUUGAAAAGAAAAUGAAUCUUGAGAAGAAGUCAAACUCGUCAAAAAAACUCAUCCAGGAGAUGGGGAAUGAAGAGAAAUUCGUAGAGCCGACAUAUGAGAUAUCAAUCAAGGAUGUCUCGGGAAAGAAGCCGAGAAGAAUUGUUUUGAAAAUUUCUCUUCCCGAAGUCCACUCAGUGCAAGAAUGUGACCUGAAUAUAUCAAAGGUAUUUUAUUCUAUUUGUAUUUUAAUAGUGAUAAUUGCGCAAUACUGUCAAGUGAUAAUUCUAAUGUUCGACUAUAAUGCCCGAACUGGGGAGCAGCAUGCACACUCUCAAGAAUGGAAUCCACUUUUAAUCCAUUAUGAUAUGCAUAUUUAUGACGAUAAAUCCUAUUGGAUAUUUUUAUUAUUUCGUCUUCUAUCUGCAAUUUUAUUUGUCCAUGAACAUUGGUUAAAAAUGUACACUGAAACAUAG